AUGUACAGCCAAGGGGUUGAGUUAGCCUGCCAAGAAGAAAGAGAGUCCGUGAAGCACUCUGUAGAAUGCACGUGGAACCUAGCAGAAGCCCAGCAAAAACUUGAUAGCUUAGCACUGCAUAAUUCAGAAUCCCGUGAUCAGGAAUCUGCUCAAGCAAAGACUGAAGCUGCAGAAUUGAGAUGGAGGGAGGAAGAGUGGAGAAGAAAAGAAGAAGCACUAAACCAGAGGGAAAGACAGAACCUAUGGAACACAGAUCCUGUUAGUAAUGAGGUAUUUAAUAAGAGUUUUAUUAAUCGGAAAAGAAAAGAAGAUGAAGAUGUGUCUGAACCACUUAUGCAAAAACAUGAACAAGAGAUUAGACACUUCGGUAUGCUGAGCAGAUGGGAUGAUAGUCAAAGAUUUCUAUCUGAUCACCCGUAUCUUGUAUGUGAAGAAACAUCUAAAUAUCUCAUGUUGUGGUGUUUUCAUCUAGAAGCUGAGCAGAAAACAGCUCUGAUGGAGCAAGUAGCACACCAAGCAGUUGUAAUGCAGUUUAUUAUAGAAAUUGCCAGAAGCUGCAAUGUGGAUCCAAGAGGCUGUUUUCGUCUCUUCUUCCAAAAUGCCAAAGUAAGAGAAGGCUAUCUGGAGGCUUUUAGAAAUGAACUUGAGGAAUUCAAGAGAAGAGUGAGAAUCUGGUCACAAUCACACAGCUUUCAAAAUACAUUAAUACAUGAUCUCAGUGGUCUUGUGGGAGAGCUGACAUCUUUUUCACAGAACACAGGUGAUCUACAACGAUCCAUAAACAAAGAUGUCUGCAGUUCAGUGAUACAAAGAGAUGAAGAAGAAUCCAAAAUGAUGGACAUAGUAUAG